UAAAUUUUCUCAGAUUUUGCUAAACAGUCAUGGUUGUUUGGAUUUUGUGGUAAUUUUUCCAACAGUGUUCGCUCGACAGAUCUGGCUGAAACACGUGACAUAGCGAUAUAAAAGCGCACGCCGAACGUCGCGCAUCCGAUGACUGGCUAACCGACCUUAUGGCGCACGAAGCCGCGACUGGCCUGGAUGCCUUUUUUUCGUGGUAUACCGUUAUCGUAGAAUAACUCAGGCUCUCCUAUAUCCGCGGUCGCCGUGUAUCAACGACAUGUCGAUUUCGCCUGGCCGGGCCGGUCGGGGGAGAGCGGAUCAUCGCGUUUCGACUAUGCCGUUUCUCUUCUCGUUCACUUCGAGACGGCGUGAGACCGCUGUGAGUUGUGGUGGAAAAAAAGGUCGUCCACACUCGUGGAUUCAGACUGGCCGCUCGCUAGCCGAUUUUCCUCAGUUCCACUCGGCAAACGUAGCGCAACAGAUCGUUCGCCGAGACGCGGAUGCCUCUUAUGCAAAUAACGCGACGUCGUUGCCUUGGGUAAACGCCGAUCGCUGUCGAGCUAUCGCACGGCCGGUCGACCCUCGUAGUCGCCGGAAGUGGUCGUCGCGCGCACUAGGAAGCGCAGCAUGAGAGCCCGAAUAGUUUUGCUAGGUGUUCUGCUCGUCUGUACGAGCGUUCGAUAUGCAGAGGGUAGGUCGAAGAAGACGACGCAGCUGUCGCUGCAAAGUAAAGAGACUAACGUGGUGAACUUCAUGCGGCUGCUGGUGAUGAGAUUAGUCUUCGGGGUGGCAUCGGCGAUGGGGCUGGGUGAAAAUCUCUCGGGGGUACUUGGCGGAAUUUUUGUACCGCCUGGAGCAGAGGAGUAUAACGACGAUUACGGCGACGAUACCUUCGUACCUGAGCUCUUUUAAAGUAGAUAUGUACUAGUUUAAUUGUAGGCGUUGUGUAAAAACGAUUGAGUAACGGAAAGUCUGCGUAAAUGAAAAAUUAGCUUUUAAAUCAUUAUCUCGGCAAACCAAGCGGCCUGAAUCAUGAAAAAUUACUUUUUUGUUAUCUCUCCGUGCCUCGGAAAUUAUCUGGAUCAAUGGAAUCAAGCGCGAAUAAUCGCAAUAAGUAUACGCAAAUGGAUACGUCGAGAUACUUUACACGCAUUUAUCGUGGAAAAAGUACUAUUUUAUUGCUUUCACUAAGAUAUUGUGUCAUAAAAUUCUAUGCGUUUAAAAUUCACCAUUGCACAAUACAAUUUAAAUUUUAUUUCAAUUUAUUUAAACUGCAUUAUUAUUUCGCUAAGAUGAUUCGUCACAACGUUGCUGUUUUGCUGAGAUACACCUGAAAAAUAAAUUGCGCAAACAUUUAUUAAUAUUUCAUAAAAGAUACAAAUUUUUACAUACAUCUUUUUUUUCAAUAUAGUGACAUAAUUGUAACAUUACGAAAUUCAUUUAGAUUUCGUCGUAUAAUUUUAUAAAUGUUUUCCUAUCGGGGGAAGAGCAAAUAAAAGAAAGUUAAUAAUUAAGCAAUUUAUAUAGUAAUUUAAAUAAAAAAUUUUAUACAAACAAGUAUGGACUGUGAAGCAAUAUGCCUCGCUAACUUUGUGUCAUCGUAAUAAAAAAUUCAAAAAAUUGUCCUGAAUUACUAUAUUCGAAAGUUCAUGGAUUAGAAAAUCUCGUUUUUGACGCGAUAACCGGAUUAUGAUUCAGCCACGAGUCCGUGAAUCUUGCGCGAGAGGCUUUUCAAGUAGUUUUCCGUACCGUUAUUCGUCGUAAUUUCGGUAGAGCUAAUGGAUGUGUAUCGGUUACCAUGAGUGAAAAUGUGGGCAACAAAUCACUCGUUUCCGCUUUCCGCUUUAUCUCGUAUCAAGCGAACGUACCCAUCAAUUUUAUCGGUUCCACUCUAGUGGAAGCAGUAUCUGUCAGAAUCGCGAUGGCAAUCUUUGCAAUAACAAAUUUGCUGCCUAUCUUUCAAAAGUUUUGUAAGACCAGUUUCGGAUAGCUUGAUAAAACGGCAAUUUCGUUAUUUUAAUUUAUUUUCUCAUUGCGUUGAAAUGCAUUGGUAUGUAGAACUGAAUUUACACUACUUUCCAAAUAACCGGCUCAAAUGUGCAAUGAAAGUAAAUAAACAGUGAACAGCUUAUAAAAUUACUGUGGGAGUUCUAGUUUGCAAGCAACGUUCCGGAUAAUCGGCAAAUAAGGCGGAAAGCGCGGCGUUCACUGAUAUUAACAGCAGAGUUCUUUUUUAUUUAUUUGUUGUUCUUUUAAUGAUAAUUUUUAUUUAACAUUACACAUAAAUUUUUAGAAAAAAACAAAGCGUUCUUAUGCGUUCAAAUUGCAUAGUUUCCCGCCGUUCGUUUCAGUGCCAAUGGCUGGAAAAUUUCAUUGCAAUUUGUGUGUCUCAAUAUUUCGAUAUAAUUCGGGAUAUUUUUCAUAUUGUUAAUUUAUUCAUAAAAAUUCUCGAGUUUUUUUCUAACACAAAAGAAAGUAAAUUUAAUCUUAAUAUACUGCGUCGUAUAG